AUGUUAACAGCCAGUAUAAGAAGAACAAGUGCCAAAACUGUUUUGGGAGGGCUAGCUGCCAUAGCUGCCGCAAGUUAUUUGACCAAACAUUUAAGUACUCUAAGAAAUGAUUCACCUAAGACUUUUCAAAACUUCAGAGGUCCAUUCUUUGGUUGGAUCGAUUUACCAAUCUCAAAAAUUGAAGAUCUAUCGAGUGAUGCAAGACGAUUCACGUUUAAAUUACCGCUAGAAACUCAAAUUAGUGGAGUUGAACCAAUUUCAUUUUUGCUAACAAAACCAACUGGCACUUGGGGUCCAUGGAACAUAAGACCUUACACACCAAUAAGCUCUCAACACAAAGAAGGGGAAAUUGAGUUUGUAGUGAAAAAAAUUGAUGGAGGUAAAAUGAGUUCACAUCUGUUUUCUUUAAAAGUUAACGACACUGUCUCUUUUAAUGGUCCUAUUUCAAGGAAGGCUUGGAAAGCGAACGAAUACGAUUCCGUGACCUUACUAGGUGCUGGUUCUGGUAUUACACCUCUAUAUCAACUCAUUAAUUCAAUUCUUCUAAAUCCUGAAGAUAAAACAAAAAUUACCUUAUUGUACGGAAAUAAAACUGCGGAAGACAUUUUAUUACACAGAGAACUUGAGGAACUGAAAAGCAAGCAUCCAGAAAGGCUAGCUAUCAAAUAUUAUCUAAGUAAUUCAUCAAAAAGUACUGAGUUUGCAAAAUCAGGUUAUAUUUCUAAAGAUGAUCUUAAAGAACAGAUCCCUAGCCCAGACGAAAAAACUUUCGUAUUUGUAUGUGGUCCUGAUGAGUUUGUGAAAGCCUACGCUGGUGCACAAGGUAGAUUACUUUCUCAAGGUAAGUUCGGUGGUAUUCUGUCAACUUUAGGAUAUAAUGAACAACAAGUGUUCAAGAUUUAA